GGAUCUUUCGAGCAAACAAAAAAGGGGCCGCCGGAAAAGGGAAUAGUUUAUCUUCGCAGCAAUAGAGUUUACGCCCUUGGCAAAAUGGCGGGGGGAGAUCAGACAGAUAAAUACUGCUGGUGGUCCUCCUACCCAUUUGCCACCCCCGUUCGCGGACACAUCCCCUUCCUUAUCCUACUGGUCCUACUUCCCCUACUCCCUGCCAAGAAUGUCGACUGCUCUGCGGAUAGCAACUUCCGCUAGGGCCUGUUGUGGCACUCUUCCCCUCCUCGCCAGAGCCUUCCUCUCGUCGACCUCGGGAUCUAAAUCAGUUCGAUCAGUCCCACCAUUGCUCCGAUUCACACAUUCGAAUCACGCUCUCCAUCGACCGAAUCCUCUCCUCAGGACCUCCCCUCAGCUUCUCAAAGUCGCACACAGUAAGACCAUCCCCUCCCGCUUAUCAGCGUCAUCAUCAGCAUUCUUUGUACAUUCGAGGCGUGUCGUGUCCACAACUGCAGCCCCUGCUGCAAAAGCCGAAGAGGACGAGCCGAUCCAGGGCUCCGCACCUUCAUACGAGCGUCAUCUCCUGAUCUGCACAGGCACACCCUCCGAAAACUGGGUCAAGAAACCUGAACUUUCAGAUCCGUACCACAAUCUCCUUAUGACUACCGUCCGUGGACAGGAAGUCAAGGUCAACUUCACGGACGAGCCUUCGGGGGAACACCAGGAAGAUAUUCUUUCGUCCAGAGGUCCGAGACACGAUUUGAUCCUCUUUCCGGAUAAUGUCAAGUUCAGAGGGAUCCGGUACGAGGCCUUCAGGGAUCUCUCGCGCUUUUUGGAGCAACAUCCUAGUGGUACCCUGCGUCCGAAACUCGAGAAAAUGAUCUCGGAAAGGACUUCUCUGAACAGCAAGAAAUCUGCUGCCACCAGCAGUGUCAGAACCGAACUCAUCCCCGGAAGCGGCGAACCCAUCACCAUCGAUUUGAUCGCAGAGCCGAGUGCAGUUCUCGUCUGCACCCACGGAUCGCGCGACUGCCGCUGUGGCGAACAAGGUGGAGACUUUUACAGGGUUCUCAAGGAUAUGGUCCAGGCAACCGGAUUAAGUGGCUCGAUCAAGAUAUAUGGGGUCAGUCAUAUUGGCGGACACAAGUAUGCGCCUAACACAAUCAUGUACCCCUCGGGCGACUGGCAUGGUCAUCUGUCGGAGCUGGAUUCUGUGGAUGCGCAGCAGAUCUUAUUUGAUGCCCUCGCAAACGGUGGAAUCGCCGGUAGAGUUAGAGAACGUCCACAAGCAGAUCCGGUCAUGAUCGACAAAUGGAGAGGGCGCAUGGGUAUGAGCAAAGAGGAGCAAAUCCAGUUGUAUCAGCAAGUGCUGAAGAAGCAGAAGCAGCGGUCAUUAGGAUCGGGUCAACUGCCAGGACAGCAGCAGCCUCAGAGUCUGUUCUCUGCGCCGGGCGAUGAUUUGUAUGAGGACGAUGGACUGAAGGACCAGAAAACGGCGGUCUCAGUCGAGUCUGAGAAGCCCUCAACGAGCCAGGUAACAAUAGGAGAUGGGGCGUCGCGGGUCAGGGUUGUAUUCGAGACGUAUCAAAAGGUCCGCACAGAGAUCGAUGCCAAGGUCGGCGAGAGGAUUCUGGAUAUUGUCAAGGAUAAGGAUCCUAGUCGCCACGGCAUUUAUCAGGCACUCGAAUGCACCUGUGGUGGCCAGUUAGAAUGCGCAACUUGUCACGUCUACAUUGAACCACCUUACAGUGCAAGACUGCCUGGAGUCACAGAUGCAGAAGAAGACAUGCUCGAGUACGCUGUCGGCCGCAGAGAUUCCUCUCGCUUAGGUUGCCAGAUCAAGAUCCAGCCUGACUUGGAGGGCAUGGUUAUCAAGUUACCGCAAUACUAGAAAUAAAACAAAAAUAGAACCUCAUCAACAAGAACAACCACUUCUCGACAGUAACCUCUUAUGUGUGUCUUUUGCAGAUAUAUUAUCAGGUCAACCGUCAACCAAG